UGCGAGCCUAUCUUGUCUACUCUUGCGACCGCCAUAAUCUAUUUCCUACCACAAAACUCGCCUCCCCCAUAUUUCCUUAAACGCUGCGAUUUCCGUCGCAGCUAAAGAUCCGUCAUAAUGAUGAUGUUAGAUGAGAAAUACAUCGGAUUAGCGUUAGCUAUAUCUUCAAGUUUAGCCAUUGGCACGAGCUUUGUAAUAACGAAGAAGGGAUUGAUACAAGCAGAGGAAAAACAUGGCUUCUCUGGCGAAGGUUACAUCUACCUACGGAAUCCCAUGUGGUGGGCUGGAAUGGUAACCAUGGUCACCGGAGAGAUUUGUAAUUUCGCCGCAUACGCCUUCGCUCCAGCUAUCUUGGUGACACCUUUAGGUGCUCUCUCCGUCCUAAUCGGAGCCGUCCUGGGAUCGUAUUUCUUAAAAGAGGAGCUGGGAACUCUGGGAAAAUUGGGCUGUGCUAUCUGUCUGCUGGGCGCAAUCAUCAUCGUCCUACACGCACCUCCCGACGAGGACAUCCAGACUAUCGAUCAAAUCCUUAAUUAUGCGAUUAGACCUGGUUUUCUUCUGUACUGCGCCAUCGUGGCUAUCUUCGCGACUGUCAUGAUCUACAAGAUUGCGCCGGUUCACGGCAAGAAGAAUCCACUGAUCUACCUUUCCAUCUGCUCUACUGUCGGCUCCGUCUCGGUCAUGUCCGUCAAGGCCUUUGGUAUCGCGCUCAAGCUCACUUUCGCGGGCCACAACCAGUUCACUCACGCUUCAACCUACGUCUUUAUGAUCCUCACCGCGUUCUGCAUCCUUACUCAGAUGAACUACUUCAACAAGGCGCUUAGCCAGUUUAGCACGCAGAUAGUUAACCCCCUUUACUACGUGACGUUUACAACUGCCACCCUUUGCGCCUCCUUCAUCCUCUUCUCUGGUUUCAACACCACCGAUAUUGUCAAUACCCUUUCUUUGCUUUGCGGGUUCCUUAUAACCUUCACCGGUGUCUACCUUUUGAACUUGUCCCGACGCGAUCCUAACGGCACGAAAAUUCUUGCCGGACAGGGCACCGAUGCUGCUGGUACCGACAUGAUAUCGAGUCUGCAGACGCGUCUUAGCAUGCAAGCCCGACGAAGCACAGGCUCGCGGAUGAGCAUAGGAAGUCGGGGCCAUUCCGAUAGAGAAGGACUGAUGCGCGCAUACGACCUGGAACAGGCAGCAGGCGAUUUCAGCCUCAACGACCUUGCCGAAGAUAGCGACGACGAAUCGCCCUCGAGGCUAAAUGGUGCAUCCGUACGCUCGACGAAGAACCACGAGUCGAUCGAAUUGCAGAAUCGGAAUAGGAAAUCGCCUGAGCAAUGAUGAACUCUCCACUAGCAUCGAAAUAUGUAGUAUCUCAUAGGUGUCCCUAUUUGAUACUUCUACGACCACAUUGUAUAUUUUUCCUUAGUCGGCGGCUCUCUUCAUCGAAACAGUUAGAACAUUCAAUUCCACUGGUGGACACGAUUCAUAUUAAGGAUUCUCAUGUCGCUUGUUCCAAAUCGGAACUUAGGAUGUAAAAUGGCAGCAAACCCCUCUCCUUCGCCGGAAAAGGGAAAUAUGGGACUCACUUAAAGGAGUAUUAGAGGUAGCAUCAUUUUUUGGAGGGUGGGG